GCUGGCUUCAAGCUCCUGGCCAUCUUCCUGCUUUAACCUCCCAAGUGCUGGGAUACAGAUGUGUGCCACUGCACCUGAUGUCAGCAGAAAUAUUGCGUAGUCAUUGCUUGUAGCUGUCUUCGCACCCAACCCUCCACCCUCAUAUGGUCACUGAAUGAAUUCAUUCUGAUACCUGAUCUCAUCCUGAACCUUCUCGAUGCCUUUCACGCCUCCCUCCUCUGUUCUUUCCAUCUUUUUGCUCUGAGUUCCUGGCUCUUCACUUCCUCUUGGCCUAUCUCACUUCCUGUAAAACCCUAACGAGUGUUGCUUAUCUUGAUGGAGUGCAUCGAGCGCUCUGGGGGUAGGGGAAGGGGGAGGCCUCAAGUGUGUCUGCCUGGGGAGCUAAGAGCAGCGGCACUUUCAGACUCAGCCCACACUGAACUGUCCUCCCUGUUUCUGGGGGCCAGGGGUGUGUGGCCCACAAAUGGACUAGAAGUGAUUGCCUGGGAUGGGCCCUUCCUAAGGAGAGGGGUCUCCGAGAGAUCACCCCAGCAGAGAAGAGACGGGAUGAAUGAAUUGGGAGUUUCAGAUUAUUGCUAUACCUGGACCUCUGGGAAAACGUCUGGCAAGAGCUAGGACCAGUGGGCCCUACGAGUCCUGCUGGCUAACUUGUCACCUGGGAGGCUCUCCGGCACAGCAUGACAUUCAACAGCACCGAUACCCCAUUGUGGGUUAAAAUGACCUAUUUCACCAUGGAGGCUUUCAUCGGACUCUUUGCUGUGGUGGGCAACGUGCUGGUCAUCUGGGUGAUCAAGUUAAACCCCAGUCUGCGGACCACCACCUUCUACUUCAUUGUCUCCCUGGCCCUGGCUGACAUUGCAGUUGGGCUACUGGUCAUACCUUUGGCCAUUGUCACCAGCCUGAACAUCUCAAUGCACUUCUAUAGCUGCCUUUUCAUGUGCUGUGUGCUGCUAAUCUUCACCCAUGCCUCCAUCAUGUCCUUGCUGGCCAUUGCUGUGGACAGAUACCUGCGGGUCAAGCUCACUAUCAGAUACAAGAGGGUCACUACUCAAAGACGAAUAUGGCUGGCCUUGGGCCUCUGCUGGCUGGUGUCCUUACUGGUGGGACUGACCCCUAUGUUUGGCUGGAAUGGGAAACUGACCUCAAAGGAACUCCAAAAUGUCACCAUGUGUCCAUGUUCCUUCCUUCCUACCAUGAGUAUGGAGUACAUGGUCUUCUUCAGCUUUUUCACCUGGAUCUUCAUCCCCUUGGUUGUCAUGUGUGCCAUCUACCUGAACAUCUUCUAUGUCAUCCGGAACAAACUUAGUCAGAACGUUUCUGCCUCCAAAGAGACGGGUGCGUUUUAUGGACGGGAGUUCAAGACAGCUAAGUCCCUCUUCCUGGUUCUCUUCUUGUUUGCUCUGUGCUGGCUGCCUUUGUCCAUCAUCAACUGUGCUCUCUACUUUAAAGUCAGCAUAUCAGAUGACGUGAUGUUCCUGGGCAUCCUCUUGUCCCAUGCUAAUUCCAUGAUGAACCCUAUUGUCUAUGCUUGCAAAAUAAAGAAGUUCAAAGAAACCUACUUUUUCAUCCUCAAAGACUGUAGAGUCUGCCAGUUCUCCGAUUCCUUGGACCCAAACAUUGAGCAGAUUUCUGAUUAAUUAUCCAUGGCAGAAGAUUUUUCAUCUCAUUCAGCAUGAGUGGACACUAUGGACCUAUCCUUCUGGGUCCUCUUAAAUCUUUGAUUCCUUCCUUUGAGGUGGGAGUACUUGAAUGGUUGCCCUCAGUUGUACCUUCACUAAUACCUUCUCCUUCCUCUUCAGUUUUUUUCCUAUGCUCCACUAAUUCAGCUUUCUGGAGGCCUGAUUUGAGGCCAGGUAUUGUUGCUAUUAUUGAAUGUGUUUCUCCUCCCCAAACAGAAGGAGAAGUCUGGAUUCUGAAGGGUGUCUUACUGAGUUAGCAACAAAACUUUCUAAUUGAACCGUGAUGGUGACAGUUCCAGCAAAGAGCCUGCUCUCAGAGGAUUCCUAGAGGAUGGUGGGAACGGAUGCAGCAAACUGAGUCUAACUGGGGCUUAAACUGCUGAAUUUACCUGCGCAUGUAUUUGAGUAAAUAAAAGACGAUAGCUAA